AUGAAAUUAAAAUUAUUAUUAAUUUUAAUAAUUUUAACAAUUUUUAAAAUUAAAAUAUCAUUUGGAGGAGAAAUUUGUUCAAAUGAUUAUAAAUGUGGUAUUAAAGGUGCAAAAUGUGGUAAAAGUCAAAAAGAAUGUUCACCAGGAUUUUAUUGUGGUAAUAGUGGAUUAUGUGUUGAAGGUAAAUUAGAAGAUGGUAGAUGUAAUAGUAAUAAAGAAUGUUCAUUAGGAUUUAAAUGUAUUAAUCAAGGUCAAUAUAGAGUUUGUAAACCAUCGAAAUUAUAUGGACUUGGUGAAAGAUGUUUAUCAAGUUCUGAAUGUUUAGGUAGUUUAUUAUGCACUAAAGGAAUUUGUAAAUUAAAGAAACUCAACAACUGUUCAAUGAAUGAAGAUUGUGAUUCCAAUAGUUAUUGUAACAAAUUCAAUCAGUGUGUACAAAGAUUACCAAUGGGUGCAGACUGUUUAUUCAAAGUUGACCAAUGUACACAAGACGCUAUUUGCGGUAUGGAAGAUGGCAGAUCAAAUUAUUUACAAGGUAAGUGUGUUCCAUUAUUCUCGAAAUCCAUUGGCCAAUCUUGCUACGCUACGCAAUUUGGCGAGUGUGAUAUGGAGGGUGGGCUAUACUGCCCCACCACAAGUGGCCUAGUGUCAAGUUGUGCCGAGAUGGUUAAUGGUAAACAAACAUGUAAAUCCAAUAAAGAUUGUGACACGUUUUGGCAAGAAUGUGAAUGUUCAGGUAAAUCUUCCAAUUCUACAUGUAAUUCUAAAUUUAAUAUUGAUGCAACUUGUUCAAAACUUUAUACAAACCUACAACAAUGUUUAAAAGGUAGUCAAUGCUCAGUAGUUAAUGAUAUCAAUGGUAUUCAUGAAACCAAUGCCAAUAGUUGUGUUAUGAAAAAUUGUCAACAACAUGCAGUUUGUUUCUAUUCUCGUUGUCUUCGUUUUGAAUUUGGUGGUUGUAAAUUACCAGAUUCCCUAAAAUGUAUAAUUACAAAUUCAACAAGUUUAGAAAAUAAUUAUUUUUUAAAUUAUAAUUUAGAAUCUAGAAAUGGUACAUAUAAUGAUACUGAUGAUUUAACUUUAAAACCAAUUAAACCAAAAGAUAUAAGUAAUGAUGAAAUUAGUCAAGAUAAUAAUAGUAGUGCUGAUGAAAAUAAUGAUAGUAAUAAUAAUAAUACUUCAAAUAAUUCAUCAAAUAAUGAAUUAAAACCAAAAAAUAAUCAAGAUAAUGAAAAUUCUGAUAAAAAUAAUUCAAAUUCUAAAUUAAAUACAAAUAAUUAUACUUUUAUUAUAUUAUUAUUAAUUUGUUUUUUUUUCUUUUUCUUUUAA